AUGGACCCCCUCCACCUGCUGCGCGACCAGAAGCUGCAGCACGCCCUGCCCCUGGCAAGCGCCUAUGCGGCGCUGUGGGACCACCCCCCCACCAGCGAGGCGCUCAAGCGGCAGCGCGCGCGGCUCGAUGCGGCGCACCACGAGCCAGCGUUCACCAACCUCAGCAGGGACUACAAGGGCACCCUGGAUUACAUCCUCUACACCCGCGACAGCCUGCAGCCGCGCGCGCUGCUGGAGCUGCCCUCGGAGGCGGAGGUCGGCGCGCGCCCUGGGGAGGGCCUGCCCAACGCCAACUGGUCGUCCGACCACAUCAGCCUCAUGUGCGAGUUCUCGGUCGUGGGGGCGCGGGACAUGGCGGACAACUUCCGGGCGCAGAUCCUGAACAACAAGGAGGCGGCCAGCAUACAGACGCCCGUCAGGACGCUGGGGUCUGUGACCUUCAUGUACCUGCGUCACAACGACCUGUAUGUGCUCAUGGUGACGCGCAACAACGCAAACGUCAUGCUCGCCUUCAAGUUCAUGUCUUCGCGGCUCUGCCAGGUUGCAGGCGUUUGGCAGCCGUCGCUGGUGGCCGGCCUGCUGGCGAGGCACUAG